GGCCAUCUCGGGACUAAGUAAUGACAAGCCACCGUAACGUGUGGUCGCCUCACUAGCUAUUAAUAAAAAAAAUCACCAGCAGAACAGAUUCCGUAUUGUAAUCAUUGAUUCCCAACGAGUUGUACACUAAACACGCACACGAGCGUUCCUUUGCUUAAUUAAAAAAAAACAUACUUUAAUUAUUUUUAAAAAUGAACCUUCGAAUUCACGUGUUUUUCGGCCAGUUGCUGUGGCUAAUAGCGGUUUUGAAUGGCAAGACCUUGCAAGGAGUCCCAGGAUACGGAAGGAACCUCAUUAUAAAAACUUUACCAGCCAUAGAGGAUUACCAAAGCAACGUGUACGAAGUCUAUAUGGAACCUUAUUUAUAUGACCUGAGCCGACCGGUUUAUCCUCUGUCGGGUAAUCGUGCUGAAAAACAAAUCGAUUUGGCCAUUGCUCCAAGAUCAGCACCAGGCCUUCAAGCCAUUGUCCACCUCCAAGCUGAUGAGGGAUCAGGCGUGACCGGGGAGUUGGUGUUCACCCAAAUUGUGCCAAAUGGUCCUGUGACCAUCGAAGGCAAUGUCACUGGCCUAGAUGCUGGACUUCAUGGUAUACACGUCCACCAAGUAGGAGCUGUGAAGGAAAACUGUAAGGAUAUCGGGCCCCACUUCAUUGCUUAUUACGGACGUCACGGCGGACCGCGCGACCACAUCCGCCAUGUUGGCGACCUUGGUAACAUCAAAGCUGAGGAGGGCGCCACCGUCAACGUGAAAAUUGUUGAUCACCUUAUAUCUUUGGCGGGACCGCGCUCUGUUGUUGGCAGGUCUCUGGCAAUAUCAAAAGGCGAGGAUGAUUAUGGCCGUGCAAGUACAGAGGAUAGCGCCCUGACAGGCACUUCGGGCCCGGCUGUUGCUUGCGGCGUGAUUGGAUAUUUAAAUUAAUUUUUUUGUAUUACACGUCCAUUUUAAUACAGUUAUCAUUUUAUACUAAUAAAACAUAUUUUUUAAUAUUG